AUGAAGAAGUCUCUUGAGGGUCUGCCAGUGAAGUUGAGAGGGUUGAUGUAUGAAUUGAGAAAGCUUGCUAACGGCAAAUGCAAUGUCAGGACGAGUAAGGUUGAGGCAUUGGAGACGACCAACGAGUUGUCAAAACAUGGUAGCAUCAGUUGGAGGAGAACCAUCAUGAAGGGUCAGGGGAUCAGAGGUGGACAUUGGGGUGCUGACCUCCUUAGCGCCAUCCAUACCAGCUAUAGCUAA